AUGACCCAGUUACUAGAUAACAAUUUUGAGAUAAAUAACAUCAAGUUUCUCCCACAUGAUUUUUUGGCACAAGGUGAAACUACUAGUACAGUUCUAUCUAGUAAUAGUUACAGAGUAUUCUCAAAAAAGUAUAAUAAAUUUGUGGUUUUAAAGAUUGUUCAUUCUCAAAACUACACAUUUAAAAAUUUUAUAAAUGACCUAAUCGAAUAUCAAGAAGUAGAGUUACAUGAAAAUAUUUUAAAAUUCAUAGGCAUUAUAAAACAAAGCAAAGAUUACGUUAUAUUCGUUCAUGAAUAUGCUUAUGAUGAAACCCUUCGCCGAUAUUUAAACAAAACUUUUAAAUCAAUUAAUUGGAUCGAUAAGCUACGUCUUGCAAGACAGCUUGUUAGUGCUAUUAAAUGCUUGCAUGAAAAUGACAUAGUUCAUACUAAAUUAGUAUCACUCAGAAAGUAUACUAAGCUGCUUCAUGGAUUCAGUUUAUUGAAUGCAAUUAUUCGUGGUAAGCGCGAAGUUAUAAUUUCUGGAACGCCUAAGAAAUACAGUAAAAUCUAUAUAGAAUGUUGGCAACAUGACCAACGUCCAACAAUUCAGUAUGUUUCUAAUGACUUAAAUAACAUUAUCUAUAAUGAUUUAUUCGAUGUUGAAGAAAAUUGCAUAGAAUCUAAUGAAAAUAUAGAACAAAAAACAACAAUAGAAACAAUAGAAUCGGAAGAUUUAAAUUCAACGGACGUAUUACAACAGCAUACUAAUUUACAUAAAGAGAUUAAUGAAGAAUUAAAAUUAAUGUUUUCUAUUGUCACAACUCUUAAAAAAUCUUUAAAUGAAAAUAUUAAAUCUGAAUUAUUCGAAGAUCACUACAUACCGAUAUUAAGGUCCGCAAAACCAUCAUCAAAACCAAGUAAACAAAUUGCGAAUAGUGAACAACAGUUUCUUUAUGAUCUAAAUAAAUUAUUUAUAGAUCAAUUUAAUAUCCAGGGGGUUUCAAAAGGUACUUCAAGUUCCAUAAUUUAUUGGAUAAAAAAAUAUAUAUAUGAAAAUGAUAAAAAUCCAAAUGAAACCCUUGUUCAAUAUUGUGGCUAUCAAUAUAGGUCUUGUUUUACUAGCAUUAUUGGAUUUUUUUAUGAAUAUGGAAUUGGAACUGAAAUUGACUAUAGCAAAGCAUUUGAAAUGUAUAAGCAAGCAGCAGAUGAUUUUUGUUUUACCUCUAAUGCUUCUUUAAAUAAUCAAAGUCAUUUUUAUGAUUUAUUAAAAGACAAUCAGUCUAUUGGUUUGAUUUCCCUUGGGUCAAUUUAUGCAUUAGGAAAAGGCAUUACUGUAAAUCAACAAAAGGCUCUUCAAUUAUUUUUAAAGUCUGUUGCUAGGGGCUCCAUUUUGGGAAAAUGUUAUGUUGGUGACUGUUAUUAUUUUGAUUGUUGA